AUGGGCAGCUCACCAACCCGACCGAUGGAGGGCCUGGUUGGCACCGGCCACAUUGACAAGGCUGCCAUCGUCAGCAUCGCUGGCGACAGCGUCUGGGCCACUUCCGCCGGCUUCACCGUCUCCCCCACGGAGAUGAAGGCCAUCGCCGACGUCGUCACCGCCAAGCCCGGUGCCGCCGACAAGGCCUUUGGCGACGGCCUCUACGUCGCCGGCGAGCGCUACGUCAUGGCUCGCGCCGAGGACGGCACCAUCUACGCGCGCAAGGGCAGGGAGGGCAUCGCCAUUGCCAAGACGAACCAGGCCAUCCUCAUCGGCCACCACGGCGAGGCCGCCGUCGCUGGCAACGCGAGCGCGGCGGUGCAGAAGCUGGCCGACUACCUUAUCGGCCUCAGCUACUAA